CACCCUUUUGCUCUUGACGCUCAUCAUCGACAAAGGCUGCCUCGCAUGCCACGAGCUGAGCUCCCGCUGGAGCUCUGGCUCGAGGUGUUUUUACACCUCUCUCAUGAUUCGCUCCGCCAUAUCGCGCUCGUCAAUCGGCGCUUCGCCAACUUUUCGCGACCUUUGCGAUUCGCCACCCUCCUGAUCCAUCCAUACGCGAUCGACAUAGCCGAGCCUGUAGAUUCGCCCAUACGACUUACACCUAACGCGGCACUGAUGGAAAACGUCAUCGCCCGCCUGGACUUCUUUACGGGCAGUGAUCUGGCACCCUUUGUCCGCAAGUGUGUUCUCCAAGCAUGGCCGGUCUUCGGUGUCUCAUACUCCUGCCCGUGGAACCGGACACAGGUGCAGAAGACAUCCCCAUACGUCGUUCUCGAUGUACUUCUCCCUCGUCUUGCCGGCGGGUGCUUUCCACAUCUACGGCACCUCCAACUGCUGGACUUGGUCCUCGAAUGGCGCCACCUUACACAGCUCCCCGAGCUCGAAACGUUUGAUGUCCGCGACGUAGUCAUCGUCGAUGACCCGGAGACUUGCCCGGCACACCUCAUCCAUACUUUUAUAGUGCGAAGCUUCUCCUUCGCUACCUGGAACCCAAUGUCGCCACCGCGCACCAACCUAUCGACGUGGUUGCAGUUUAUGAAACCCGGCACACUCCACUCCCUCUCUGCCACGUGUCAAAUUGCUUCUUUGGAUAUGGUCUACCCCUGCGUUGUCACCCUUACGCUCAAGCUCUACUCCUCCCCGACACUGCGCCAGAUGACAGACACCCUGAAUUGUUUUCCUUCCGCUCAGCAGGUCUUGAUCCGAUGGGCCGGCCCGCGCAAUGACGUGCCAAGUCCCGAAACCCAUCUCACGCUGCCUCUUCUGAGGCAACUCGAGUUGAGAUAUCAGUGUCGCUCGCUGCUCCCUCUUUUCCUCGGUAACGCUGGUGCCAGCUCCCACCUGACACAUCUUCGAAUAUCGCAGUUCAGCUUAGAGGACUUUAUUGACGCAACAGCUGGUCGGUGUGCGAUGACCAUCAAAGUACUGGAACUGCAGCUGUCGUUCGCUAUUCAUACUCUCGACAUCCCGUAUGCGCGUCUCCGCACCGUCUUCGACGCUUUUCCAGCACUGGAGUCUGUGGACCUCCAUAUCAUCUGCACUAUCGAAGACAUGCCAUCACCCGAUUUCAAUCCUCUUGCUUUUGAUUUUUUCAGAGACCUUGCUCUAAGCGCCAGGCUGCCCUCCCAGCUGAAGAACCUCGCCCUCCGUUGGCUGUUCAGCUACGAAUCCGAACCGUCUGACCCGGCAGCUGGGUACGAGGAGCGUGACAGCAACGACUCGGACACGGGGUCCUCCAAUAGUGAAGAGUCAGAAUUAGCACUGACGCAGCCACACGUACCACACAACGCGGGGUUGGUUGACCUGCGCCGUGUGCGCGAAAAACUCGCAGAGCGCUGUUCCGUCUUGGAAGACACGUUCAUCGACGGCCAGACAUUUACAUAUUGGUGGCAGGGUGGACCGGCCCGGGAGGAGUUCAUUGAAGACCCGGAGCAUGAUUCGGCAUUUGAAGCUGCAAUGUACGAGCUACGCGGGCGAUGGCGCGCGGUUACUAUGGUCAAUGCCGAGACUGACCAGUAG